GCUUUUAUUUUUUUAUUUAAUUUUUUUGGGAGGGGGGGAGGGGGUGAAGCUGGGGGAGCAUCACGCAGCAUUACCCUCAGCCUUGUUCUCCAUUGGUUUCCAUUUUCUUUUUCAUCUCAUGUUGUGCCACCGUCUUCACAUUAACCACCAGGAUUUACCAUCGAGCCGGCUCCGCUCGCACGCGCUUCCUCCGGAUCGGGUCUUUCAUUUUCGCUCAUGCGUUUUUCCUCUCAGCUCCGUGGGUUUUUUGUAGCCAUUGAAACAUGCCCCGUUCAUUUUUAGUCAAGAAGAUCAAGCUUGAUGACUUCUCUUCAUCCACCGUGGCCGGCUCCAAUCACCAUCACCACCUGGACGACUCCCUUACUUUCGCACGCUCCAUCACAGACCCGGUGACCAGCCUCGGGGUUCGCCUCAGUGAGAAUGGCUACAUCCAGGAUUACAUCACACCAUCUGUAUACCAAGGGGAGAAGAAGAUGGAGCACAAGCUGGCCUCACCUGUGUCAGACCCCUUGUACACCCAGGUGAGCAGCGGAGGAGAGUACUGUGACCCUGACCUGAAGCACCCUGAUAGCCCUCAGUCUGGCAUGACAGCCAGCGGCUUCUACAGCGGGGAAUCAGAGGCUCUGGAUGAGGGUUACACCAUGGAUGCCUUCUUCAUCUCUGAUGGGCGCUCAAGGCGGAAGGGAGAUGGUGAGAAUCACGGAGGGGGGUCAAGAAGCAGCAGUGCCAACGCAGUGGCUCACGAACGGGUACCUGGCACGCCUCGUCACACCUGCAACGAGUGCGGCAAGACGUACGCCACAUCCUCCAACCUCAGCAGACAUAAGCAGACGCACCGCAGCUUGGACAGCAAGAUGGCCCGCAAGUGUCCCACCUGUGGGAAAGUGUACGUGUCCAUGCCUGCGCUGGCCAUGCACAUCCUUACCCAUGACCUCAAGCACAAGUGCGACGUGUGCAGCAAGGCCUUCAGCCGGCCGUGGCUCCUUCAAGGUCACAUGCGCUCCCACACGGGAGAGAAGCCCUUUGCCUGCGCCCACUGUGGCAAAGCCUUUGCUGACCGUUCAAACCUCCGCGCUCACAUGCAAACACACUCUGCCUUCAAGCACUAUAGAUGCAAGCGCUGCAAUAAGACCUUCGCUCUCAAGUCCUACCUGAACAAGCACUACGAGUCAGCUUGCUUCAAGGGCUCUGCAGACGAAGACGACUCUGGAUCAGAAAAUUAACCACUAGGAAGAAGCUAAAUUCUGAACCCCUCCUGUAGGUUCACAACCAAUAACCGUGUUCACUCUGCCCUUCAUGCCUUUUUUUCUUCCCUUUUUUUAGAAAGCAAUAUUUUCACUGAGAUUACGUGAAGAAACUCUUAUGAUUAUGGCAAAGACAAUUUCAAAAGAUGCUGGAUUUUUCUCCCCCUGCACAGUAGCUAAUCGUCCACAGAAACAUACAAUCAAACAAACUUUUUCCCGAAAUACAAACUGUAGAUGUACACAAAUAAGUACCGUGUGCUCACAUGGAUGUGGGUGCACGUAUACACACACUCACAGACCACACAAACACACGUUUAUGUACGCACGUGUGCACACAUACACUUAUACACAACUAUAUAUGAGGCCUGGCAUGUGAAUUUUUAUCAAUGACUAUAAUAAUAUUGAUAUCAAUAGUAAUAAUAUUUAGAUUCCUGAUAUUUUAUAGGAAAUAGUAAAGACAAAACUGUAAAAAAAACCCCAUAAAAAAGGACUAACAGUGUUCUGUUUUUUUAGAGACAAAAUGACCUCUUGUAUUUUUAUGCUGCUUUUUAUUUGCUAAGAAUUGAAUUCUUUUGCAACUGCCAACAUGAACUUUUUACGAAAAUGUGAACUAUGACAGUAUUUGCAAAAAAGAAAAAAGGGAGAUCAUUUUAAAAGGUAGGAAAAAAAAACAAAAAAACAUCCCUUUUCCACACCAAUGUUCCAAUAUAAUGGAUGUUAUUUUUCUAUUUGAUUUUUCUAAAUUUAUUUUUAAUGUGCUUAUUAUCCUUUGGUGAUCAAAAGCAUCUUUGUAACUGUGGGUAAUUAUAAAAGAAAAAAAAAAUCUAAGAUUUCAUAAGCUACACAACCUCAUAGGCCACUGAAUUCUGCCAUAUUUUAGAGUGUCUAGCAGGCCUGAUGAACAGGUGAUUGAUCACACACGCCAUCUGAUCAAAUUCAUAGUUUCACUACUAUGGACAAACUUGGACAAAAACCCUGAGAGCCAGAGCAAAUGACGUGUUGUGAUAAGUGCCAUGUGUGAUUGACUAUAGCAAUGAAAACCCUCGUUGUUCUUCCUCGACCAUGGUGGCUUGCAGAAACGCACCGUCCACAGUCUUAACGUGCAUUCGUCACCCAGUAUUUGAGGUGCUCCCUCUCUGCCAGCCUUACCUCAGAGUGAAGGCAUGGACUCACACACCCUCAGUUACAAAGUGUCCAUCAUCUUAAUUCUGUUUCUCUGUCUGUACACCGCUUAAAGCUCCGCCCACAGUUUUAGACACGUACCAUCUUGUAAAUACAUUAUUUAUCGACCUGUUUAUUUAUUCAAGUUAUUUUGUAUUUAUUGAAGAUUUGCCUAUUUGUUAAUGGUCAUGCAUUUAUUUAUUGUUUGUAAUUUUUAAAAUGAACAUUCACUGACCUUGUAAGAUGCUGCUGAUCUUCAAAGAAAAUGUUUAUAUGCAUGAAAACUGUAGAGAGUCCGCAGGACUUAGUUUUUUAAAGAGGAACAAUGUACAGUACCAGUGCUACAAAAACGUCAAAGCAAUGAAUGCAGAUUACCUUUGUUUUUUGGCAAUAACUUUUAACUGAUACAGCAACUGACGUGUAACAAUCACAGCUGUCCUGUUUUCAGUCGAUUUAGGGCAAUAAAAAGAAACAAUGAAAAUGAAAUGUGAGAAUAUUCUCCAUGUCGCUCUUUCCAAAAGUUCACUGCCUCAAAACGGAAGGUUUUUAUUACCCCGCCACUCUUAUAUCUAUAAAUCUCAGGCAAUAACUAAUUACCAGACACCAGGCUGUCCCCAAAAUUAAACACUAUCUGCUAAAAUUGCACAGCAGAAUAAU